CGCAAGCAUCGGAAAAACUAGUAAAGCUCCGUAUCACCGAUCGUGGCGUACAAGGAGCCACUCCAGCUGAACAGAGCGGCCACUUAUGAAGAGGUGACCGCUAAGCUCGCGUCGCAAAGCGUAUCGCCUCACAACGACAUAGCGCCCACUUGAACAUCGGCCGACUGCGCUGCCGACUGUACCGUUCUUCUGGUGAUGCUUCCUCAUCCAAAGGAUUACCGAGACUUGGCGUAGGCACUUGGUGAACCGGGUGUCUUGCGUGAGUUCGGUUCGGCGGAAGCCCUCUUAUCGUGGCUUUAGUUCGGCCCUCUAGGAUUUAGCUUACGGUUCCCAUCGAAGGUUUUCAGAACGGCACAGGCCCCACUAGUCAACAGUGAUGGCUCCAGCGGCCGAGUACAUCGUGUUCGGUGGCCUGAUGGCCCUCAAUUUCGGUCUUGGGCUGUACUUCUCACUAAGGCGUAAGGCCCGGUCUGCGGACACCACGACCGAAGUAUUUUUGGGCAGCCGGGCCCUCCGUUCAUUCCCACUGGCUGCAUCGGUCGUGGCCAGCCUCAUCUCGUCCACGGGACUCGUCGGUUUCACGGGACACUUUUACGCGUAUGGCUUCCACCUGAUCUGGAGUGGUCUGACCACGAUAGCGGUGACACCGUUGGUGGCUGGCCUGUUCCUUCCAGUGUUCUACUCCCUGCGCAUCACGUCCGUGUUUGAGUACGUCCGUCUGCGGUUCAACUCAGCAAUUUCGUUAACAACUUGUGGAAUGUACUUGUUCUUGACGCAAAGUAUCGGCGCACUCUCCAUAUUCGCCGCCAGCUUAACCAUCGCCACAAUUUUUGGAGCACCCCUCAUCUGGUGUAACAUCUUGAUUGGAAUAUGCGGAACACUCUACACGGCUCUUGGCGGACUGAGAGGUGUCGUGUGGACCGACUGCAUGCAGCUCGUCUUCAUCCUACUCGGUCCCGUUACGGUCAUCGCGAAGAUCAUCAUAGACUCUGGCAGUUCCAGAGGGGCCUCGAUGGCACUGCGUGAAAUCAAUCUUAGCACGUACAUCGCGAACGUUACGCUGGACAUCACGCACGACGAGAACAUUUGGUCAGCCCUUGUAGCGUCUGCGACGGCUGCCAUUUACCGAGUUGGUCUGGACCAGGUCGUUGUUCAGAGGUGUAUGGCCUCACGAACCCUUGGCGGCGCUCAGAGGACCGUCUUGAUGGGAUCGUUUAUGCUCGUCGGCGUUUACCUCGUCAACCUAUCUGUCACUGUGGCUUUGAUAGUUUGGUUCUGGGGAUGUGACCCGAAGUUGUCCGGAGCUAUCCAGAACUAUGAUCAGAUAUUGCCGUAUUACGUGAAGGCCUUCCUGGUUCAGAUUCCAGGAUUCACUGGGAUUUUCCUUGCUGCUGUUGUAAGCGCCGCUACAAGCACGAUAUCAUCGCUGAUUAAUUCCCAGGCGGCGGUCGUCUACGUUGAUGUGCUGUCGCCAAACAUCAAGGGAGCCAGUUCCCACGUCAAAUGGAUCACACGGGGAACAGCAUUCCUACUUGGGAUAUUAAUGACGCUGUACAGCUGUAUCUGCAUAUACAUGGGCUCCAUUACAAGGGUCAUAAUGAUGGUGCUUUCCGCAUCAACAGGACCUUUCGUGGGCUUGCUCAUACUGGCGAUUGCCUUCCCAUUCGUACAUACAAAGGGUGCGGGCAUUUCGACGCUCCUGCUCUUGGGCUUCCAACUGCUGGUCAUGUGGCAGGCCAUCCACAGCGGCACCAAGCCACCGUUCAUGCCGGUCAGUCUCGACUACUGUCCGGACAACCGCACCCGCCUUGAAAGCAACUCGAGCUUCACAACUAUUCUGCCAACUGAAAGGCCACACAACACAUCAGACCCAUUCCAGCUCUCGCCAUUCUGGAGCUGCCUCUUCAGCACGUGUGGCACAGUCGUCCUUGGAGUAUUGAUAAGCGUUGCAACAGGGGAGCACAAAAAGCGGAAGGCUGACGUGGCACACGUCAACAAGUGGUUUAUUCACCUCUGGAGGAAACUAGGAUUUGUGGAAUAUGACAUCAAGGAACUAAAUGCAGAUAAAGAAAGAGACGCCGAGCAGACAACUGCAAUCUUAUUACUUAACGGAGACGCGCACAAGCCUGAGACGACGAUAUGAUUGGACGAAUGUAUAGAAAAGAAAUGAUCUCCGUAGCUCUUUUUAACCUACUCAUACUCGCAAAUCCACUGACAUAAGGGGGUGGAGGCGUGUGUCACUGUCAUCGCAUAAUGGCAUUCAAGACAAGUGCAAUGGAGUAAAACAUGACCGUACGCAAGGCAUAAAUAUGUGCGAAUCAGCUGAAACACGUUGCUUGCGAUGUUAUUGGCAAACAUAGCUAAGAUAUUAUUUUAGUUUCGCUUGAGCAUCACUGCCACUUUCUGCAUUCCGCGCUCUUGUAGAAACGUCAAUUUUUUUUCCGAGCAGCUCAACUCACUUACCUCACAAUCUCCCUAUAAAAAUUGAAUGUGUUUGUGUUUAUCUACCUCUGUAAUUUAGCAUGAGUAUGGUUUUCUUGAUAGAACGUGGCUUUGGAAAUAUAUAAAAGUGUGCAAUUGAUUUUCAUGCGACUGAGUGUUCUACAAUAGUGGAUGACAUCGUAGCUCUUACAUUCAUCAUAAUCACUAAAACUAUCACUGUUUAUUUGUUUUGUUUUUGUCAUGUUCCUGUUUGUGUGUGUGGGUGUGUGUUGUGUUAAUGUGUAGGCGUGCUGAGCGCAAGGUAAAAUAAAGACGCUAUUUCACACUUU